AUAACUUGGUGACUGUCUACUUGUGCGAAAAUUAUAUGACACAACUUGGUAAUAGCAAGCCGCAGACGGUCUCACUGAAAGCCUCUUCUAACGGCUAACAAAGAAAUAACCCACAGUACACAAUCCAAAAUUAUAUGGCUUCGGCAUGCUGAAGAACUGGACGCCAUCCUUUCUUGCAAUGCCGCCGCACUGUCCCGGCCCUUGUCCGGCACAUUGCACAAAUCCGUGUUGUUGCAGAACGUUUUACAAAUGUAUGCACUAGAGACCAGAUUACCCUUGGCGUCCCAGCGGUCCGUGCGCGUGCACUGUUUGCUGGCGUCCGGCGGUUCAUAGCCGCAACUCUGGUAUGCUAUCGUCGUUUGAUUGCUGGGUGCAACGUAGAUCUCAAUCUUCUGCUCACAAAAACUGUCUGGUUUGGGACAUAUCAUGCUAUUUCCGGCACUGGAACAUUGCGGUCCGUACAUUGCCUUAUUGGGUUGAGCGCGGCCUUCCACCACGUCCUGACAAAAGUAGCAUUUGAUACUGCAAACUCCGCCCAAAUGGCUGCUAAUCGCAAGUACAACCGAUACGGCCAACAAGCUCCGAUCUUGCAUGAUCGUUUAAAGAAGACACAGCAGUUUGAAGACGAAGAACUAUCAAUAAGUAUCACAAUUUAUAGUGACGAAUACUAUGGAUCGCAGAUGCGUUAAACCCUGACCACUACCGAAAUGCAGAUAUUCGCACCGUUAUUUUUACUCUCGGAAAACGUCAUCUACAUAGGGUAAAUUAAAAAGCGCCACAAUCACACAGCCAUACGGAUCUAAUUGUACAGAUAAGCUGAAACUGCAAGUCCGACCGACCCAUUACACCGUUUUACACGGCCAAGUUGGGCAAACCACCGCAAAAAUUCAACCAAGUAGUGCAGUACAACAACGGACCUGCGUUAUUUACACGAGCGAGCCAGCAUUAUAAUGUUCCUAUUGGGCAGCGGGUUUGACCUGCGCGCUGACAGCGGAGCUCCUCCAAAAACACUGAAAGAACCUCUGCAUCUUAACAUGAUAAUUAUUCAAAAGAAAUCCAGGUAAUAACAAUGUCAUGGUACUGCCAAUAAACAGGCUGACAAAAUCGCCCAGACUGUUGAACAGUAUGGCGGCAAAAAGAAGCAGUACACAGAUUCCGGUGGCGAAGAACUGUGGGAAGGCCUCCCGCGUUCGUUUCAAACUGGCGCAGAUCAGUCCAAGUUUUGCUUUGGCAUCUACCAGCGCUGCACAAAAAGCAUCAAACUCUGAAUUUUUUCGCUCAUCCCUGUAAGCACAACAAUACUCCUGAAUUAAACCAGAGUAUAUUUAGCGCCAAAACCAGUUAGGCUGACCUAGUUUUGAAGGGCCCCAGCAUCGACCUAUACACAAUAGGAAUCAGUAAUUCCCCUAGAGCCACACCCAUUCCCAUCAAACAACCAAGCGAGAUUGCCGACAUUCGCAAGAACCGAAAGGUCAUGAAAGCUGCCACGUUAAAACUCAAGAUCAGCAAGGGAUGCCAGGUGUGUGUCCACCGGACCACUGGGAUAAUCGUGCAAAUAAGGGGCUGCCAGUUGAAGAGGAAAUUCUUCACGUCAGAUAACUGCUGUUGGUGUAGCUUGAUCAGCCGUUCCUGCUCCUUCUCGGGAGUGUUGGGAACAGGCGGCAGGGGGCGUCGACUGAGAGGUAGCGGGACCGGCGGACGAAGGUUCGGUUCCUUGGAAGUGGCUAAAAGAUCAUACUCGUUAUCCAGCAGCAUUGUUACGUCGUUGAAGAAAUAGUUACAGCAUUUGUACGCAACGUAGAAAACUGGUCACGCUUUCAAAUAUAUUAAUUCAAACUCGGAGACUUCUUCGUCGUGCUGGUUUUCGCCUGCACUGGGUUGAUUAAGCAAAAGUUUAUAAGAAAAACCCAUGACGUCAACAUGACGUCAACAAGACUGCAUGCUAUAUGCGAACCGGCAGUUACCUUGACAUCGCAGUAGUUACUCAGUCCGACUUCUGAAACUCAGAUGCCUGUACUCUCCAGGACUUCCUUUUUUGGUUCUUGUUGAUUUACGUUUGUCAUAUACAUGGCGGACAAAGGCGAUGAAGGUUCAGCUAAAACGGAAGGCGGAGCCGGCGGCGAAGAGGUGGUGGAGGAGCAGAAGGAAGAAGAGGGACCGCCGAUUUAUCCGCUUGUUGUGCAAUGUGAUGUAAGUCCAGAGUGGGCAGAAGACAUCGUCGAUAAGGUUAACAAUUAUUACGAAAAAUACGGAUCCAACUUCGAGGCUUGUGCCAAAAUGAUUAAGAGCUACAUGGACGACAAGUAUGCUGUGGAGGGCAAGUGGCAUGUCGUCAUCGGCGACAGCUUCGCUUUGGAUGUCUUUUGCAAUAAGGGUUCGCUCAUUUAUAUGCUAGUUGCCGGUACGACUGCCGUAAUACUCUGGAAAUGUCCAUAAUCAAUCUGAUAUGUCUGGCUGGAAAUACUUUGAAAAAACAACACUAGUAUAUAUUUUUUUGUAAAUUGAUCUAGCACGUGCAGAACGCACUUGGUCUGGUCACCUAUCGCUCACAGUCCGCCAGUUAAUCUUGUUUACCGAAAACAACAAAAGCCUAUCAAAAAGCGUUUGCAAAACUAUUUGCCUAGUCCGAAUAUGAUCAUCGUUUGCAGUCAACGCAAUACA